GAAACAAAGAAAGAAAGAAAGAAAAUUUCAGAGAGAGAGAGAGUUAAGUCACAGUAGUUCCAUAUGUAAUGCAUCAGAAGAAAUCUGAAGUUCAGAUCGGAAAAGAAAGCAGCGGCGUCUCUUCCGAUUUCAAUCCAACACCCCCUCUUACUUACGCUUCUUCAAUUCACCAGAACCACCCUUACAAUCAACAUCAUCAUCAUCUUCUUGCUCAAAUCCUCGCAGAGAAUCCUCCUCAGUCUGAAUCUUCCACUGCUCCUUACAAGCGACCCCUUUUGAACCAAACGCCUUCGUCUCUUUCAAAAUCUCCAACCCUUUGUCAUUUCCCCACUACUUCUCCUCAAUUCAAGUCCCAGAUUGCCUCCUUGUUCCGCAUCUCAAUUGCCACUAGAAGCGCUGCUUUUCGAAUCAUCCGCCGGCUUAAACACACACGCCACCUUCGUGUUCAUCUGCGGGCUAUCUUGUUGUUGUCUUUUCCAUUCUUCUACUUCUUCGUCUCCCAUCCAAGUCACUCCUUCGUCCUCGAUUUCCUUUCCGCUUUUGCCUUUUCCGCUGCGCUCUUGCUCUCGCUUAAUCUCGCAAUCCCUGGUCUUCCUUCUAUUCGUUUCCUUCUUGCGCGUUCGUUCCCAAUCAAGCUUAAAUUAUGUUCCCAAUCUGCACAACAUUUUCCAGUGUUUUGGACAAUUGGGUCACGCCAAAAACAGGAAAGAAGGCUGAAUUCGGGCUGUUGGGUUCAGGUAUACAACAACGGAGACGUUUACGAGGGAGAGUUUCAUAAGGGUAUGUGUUCGGGAAGUGGGGUGUAUUACUACAAUAUGAGUGGGAGAUAUGAAGGAGAUUGGGUUGAUGGAAAAUAUGAUGGGUAUGGAGUAGAAACGUGGGCAAGAGGUAGUCGCUACCGUGGUCAGUAUAGGCAAGGCCUGAGGCAAGGACUUGGGGUGUAUAGAUUUUAUACUGGUGACGUAUAUUCUGGAGAAUGGUCUAAUGGGCAGAGUCAUGGCUGUGGGGGUCACACUUGCGAGGAUGGGAGUCGAUAUGUUGGGGAAUUCAAAUGGGGCGUCAAGCAUGGGCUUGGUCACUACCAUUUCAGAAAUGGGGAUGUUUAUGCUGGAGAAUACUUUGGGGACAAGAUGCAUGGCUUUGGCAUAUAUCAUUUUGCAAAUGGGCAUCGCUAUGAAGGAGCUUGGCACGAGGGCAGAAGACAAGGGCUGGGCAUGUAUACAUUUAGAAAUGGAGAAACCCAGUCUGGUUACUGGCAAAACGGGGUUAUGGAUGUUCCAACCACACAGAAUACUACCUAUCUGUUGUCUCCUGUUGGUGUCAAUCAUUCCAAAGUGCUCAAUGCAGUCCAGGAAGCAUGGCGAGCAGCAGACAAAGCCUAUGAUGUGGCCAAGGCAGACGAGAGGGUGAACAGGGCAGUAGCAGCUGCAAAUAAAGCAGCGAAUGCAGCAAGAGUAGCUUCUGUCAAGGCCGUGCAAAAACGAAUUCAUCAUCAUAGUGCUAGCAAUGAGAACAGCAUUUCAAUUCCCAUCCUGUAACGCUUUCAGCAGCAGCUUCUCUCUUAGUAUAGAAUCUUGAAAUUGUAGAGUAUGGUGGCUUCUCUAUUGUUUAGUCAGUUUGAGGUACACUGCCAUCAUUUUUUCUAGUUUUUUUUUCCUCCUUGUUUUGUUUCUCAGGAUUUUGAUCAUUCGCACAUCUAGUACCUUUCGACAACCGGGUAUCUUGGCUGAAUGCUAGAGUUGUUCUUGUAUAGAGAGGGAGUGUUGUCUCCAUAAGAUAAAAACGGAUUUGGAUUCUCUGCAUUUUACAAGUAAUUGAAGGAUCUGUAUUAAGAGAGAAUAAACUGUAAAUGGAAAGAGUGUAACUGUAUGAUUUGCACUUCCACUUUGUGUUAUUCUCUCUUAAAGGCUUUGGUUCAUUAUUGCAGAGAAUUUAAAUCCAGUAAAAGUAUAUUUGUUUUUCUUAUGCACUGCAUUUUUGUAAGUUAUGUAGAAGUGCUGGUUUGCAGGUGAAACCUCGACCCAGCCAGCUAUUGUUGUAUGAUUGCUUGGUAUAAUAAGAGAGGUAUCUUAGUAAAA